GUGACUCUCAAGCUUUAUUUGCAGUGGAGCGCUCGUCCCGUUAUUCUCUGUAAUUAUUUUUAUGAACAUUUUGGGGGUUUUUCUAAUAGACGCAUCACUGAUUUAAGCGAAAUAGGCAAAGCCCACCGUGGCAUUGCCUGCCAAUCUGUAGAAAUGUCAUAAAUAUGGUGUAAAAGGAAGAAGCGAGUUUUCCAGUCGGUGGGCGAUUUUUUUUCUCCAUCAUUAAUAAUCACCGGGAGGAAUUUCUCCGUUUUAACAAACGCAAGUAUGUCAGGAAAACAUUUCAACGUGCACGAAGUGGGCUGUUGCAUCAAAUACUUCAUAUUUGGAUUUAAUAUUAUAUUUUGGCUGCUGGGGGUGGCGUUCCUGUCCGUGGCUCUGUGGGCCUGGAGUGAGAAGGGGGUUCUGUCCAACAUAUCCUCCAUCACAGACCUGGGUGGGUUUGACCCAGUGUGGCUGUUUCUCGUGGUUGGUGGAGUGAUGUUCGUGCUUGGCUUCGCGGGAUGCAUCGGCGCUCUGAGGGAAAAUUCCUUUCUGCUUAAGUUUUUUUCCGUUUUUCUGGGAAUCAUAUUUUUCCUGGAGUUGACCGCGGGAGUCUUGGCGUUUGUCUUUAAGGACUGGAUUAAAGACCAGCUCAAGUUCUUCAUCAACAACAAUAUUAGAGCAUACAGAGAUGACAUUGACCUACAGAAUCUCAUCGACUUCACACAAGAUUAUUGGGAGUGUUGUGGAGCUUUUGGGCCUGAAGACUGGAAUCUGAAUAUUUACUUUAAUUGUACUGACACUAAUCUGAGCAGAGAGAAAUGUGGCGUUCCCUUUUCCUGCUGCACCAAGGACCCUGCUGAGGAUGUGAUAAACACACAAUGCGGAUAUGACAUUAGAGCGAAAGACGACAACGAACAGAAGAUGUUUAUACACACAAAAGGAUGUGUACCACAGUUUGAGAAAUGGUUACAGGAGAAUUUAACCGUAGUUGCCGGAAUCUUCAUAGGAAUUGCACUUCUGCAGAUAUUUGGGAUCUGCUUGGCACAGAAUCUUCUGAGCGACAUCGAGGCGGUCAGAGAGAGCUGUUUGUUCACCUGAAGCUCUCGAGCCUUUCUGCAGCAAGAUCCUCCAUUUCUCUGUCAGUCAGCAACAGGGUUGGCACAUUGUCAUCGCAGUAUCCUAGCAACCAGUGAGGGAUUCCAUUCACAUAACUCCUUUAUAUUUCAACGUACAGCAAGAUCUUCAUGUUUUGCUUCGAUCAACUCAUUUAAGUGCGGAAUUCAACAGCAUUAACAUGGCUCAGUUGUCGACCUUAAGAAACCCAUAAAGAAAUAGUUUACCAAUAACUGAAAAUUACUUAUCGUCAGGCUAUCCGAGAUAUGGAUGAGUUUGUUACUUCAUCAGAAUAGAUUUGAAUGAAAUGUAGCAUCACAUCACUUGCUCACCAAUGGAUCAUCCGCAGUGAAUGGGUGCCGUCAGAAUGAGAGCCGAAAAAACGCCUUAAAAAACAUCACGAUAAUCCACAAGUAAUCCACAUAACUCCACUCUAUCAAUCAACAUCUUGUGGAGUAAAACGUUGCGUGUUUUAACCGUUGCUUCUGGACAAAUUGCCAUCGUUCGUGAUAACACUUCACAAGACAUUAAUUUGAUGAGUCAAAGCAGUUUGAGCUCUCAAUCUGACGGCACCCGUUCACUACCCAUUUCAGCAAAUAAACAUUUUUGGGUGAACUAUUCCUUUAAGGCCAUUUGCAUUCUGUCUGUAACAUUUUGCGUACAGUAUAUAUCCUUCAGAUGAGCGUAUUUGACACAAUAAGCAUUGCAUUUUGAGAGUUAAGAUUAAUGCGACUAAAAACCUAUUGGCUAGAAGAUGCAAUGUUUCAGUUAAUGAGUUGUUUAGGCAAAUGCAAGCAAGCUCAGUGUUUAUUAGUUCCGAAUGAGUCUGUGCACUUUUUUGCAUUUUCUGCAUUGUUUGUAGGGAAAAAAAAUCUGCGUAAUUCUGCAGAACGGAUAUCGAAAUGAUAAAAACGUCUUUGUUAAUGCUAAGAAUACUAUAGUUCUAUUGGUAGUUAAUUACUUGAGCAAAUUAGGCUAAGUAUUUAUUACUUGAGAGAGAUGUGUAGAAUUCUGUGGAAAUCGGACCCAGUUUUAGUGACACGGUAGUAUCCUGGAGAGUGUGUUAAACGAAGUGUUACUGUCUACUUCACACUACACGAGUGUUUGACUCACAUUACGACUUUCAAAUGUACAUAAACCAUCGAGAUGUUUUUGUUUAUUUUGCCCACAUUGUCAGAUUGUGUGUAUAUUACCUGUUUAAUGGAUUUUAUAAAACACUUGCUUUUGAAACUAAGGGAAAAUGCACUGCAUGCUUAUUGGAAUAACACUACAUUUUCCCAAGGCGUUCAGCUAUAUGAAGAUAUUUUUGUGAAUCGCUAUGUUUAUCUGUACUGGAUUUUCAAAUUAUAGCCACUGUGUAAGUAAUGGUGUCACUAGAAUGUGUUUUUUUUUUUUUUUUUUUAAACAUUAGCACUGAGAUUUUGCCAGAUUGAUUCAGAUUGUGGUGUAAUGGGUAUGUGGGUGAGUUUCAUGUCCAAAAAAAAUAAAUAGAAAGAAAAAUAAGCUUAUUUUUCUUAACAUUUAAGCACGUCUUUCCCUUUUAAUUCUCAGUGCUAUAAUAUCAUACACAUCUGUAUCUAUUUAAUUUCAUAAACUUUAUAUGAGAGUAUAAGUCAUAUUCUGUCAUUUCUGAGAAAAAAAAAUUCAGACAGUAUAAUUUUCAGUAGAGUGAGAUGUGAAUUGCAAAUAACUUGGCAAUGCUACUCAAAAAAUAUUAAUGGUUCAAAAAAAGCUUAAUGUAAUUAUGAUUCAAAUGAAAAAAAAUUGUGGUAUUUAAUGAUUUAAUGCAUCUGCCAAAAGCAUGAACUUAAAAGGGAUGGACUAUAAUUGGAACAUAUUAUGAGAUUCACCCAUAUACAUAUAUAUGGUAUUAAAUCAUCAAAUAUUUCUGAAAUCAUGGUGUCUUUACCAGAAAGAUGACAAGAAUGUUUUGCUUUGAUUGUGAAAUGAAUCUGCAGCCUGUUAUAGUGGUUUUGUGACUUUUGUAAAACUGGGAUUGUGAGAUUAUUUGAAACACAAGCUGAUUUAAUGAAUCCCUAUGGUCGUGAUAAUGCCUUUUCACUUUCCUGAUGUGAGUAACCCUUCAUAUGUCAUAAUUUUAAUUUUUUUUUUUUAAGUUUUGGACAGUCUUGGUGAAAGGUAAAAACACUAACUGGUUUUGCAGUAUGUGCACAGUAAAACUGGAGAACAGGGACGUUUUGGUAUUAAAAAUAUGCAGGUCUAAACGUAUCCCUUUUUUUCUUUGUCUAGCACUUAUCUAGCCUGAGUUUUAGCUUAUGCAGUGUCCAGCUUGAACUUUUCGUACCUUGUUGACUGGAAAUCCCAUAAAAAUAUGAUUAAAUAUUGGCAUAUUUUUCAAAAAACUAAUCAUAUUGUAUAAUCAUGUUGUUAUCAGAAAAUUGUGUUUUUCUGAGUAAGAAUUAUAAAACUUUAGCAGUAUAGUUAUUGUCUUAGCUGUAAACGGGCUACAAAUAUUGCCACAAUACUUAAGAAAAAAAAAGGAGGUGGGUCUGCAUUGGCCAGAAAUGUAUUUUGUUUUUAUUCUUAUUUUCCCUGUUUCUGUGUCAUUUCUUAAUAUUAAUUUUACAUGACCUUAUUUAACAAAUGUAAUAAACAAUUUAGAUUGUUUCCCAAGAUGGUGGUAUUGGAAACAAUAAAUUUUAUAUGUUUUUGUAUGCGUGGUAA